AUUUGUUUGAAAUGUCCUAAUUUGUUUUUCUCCAAUCAUCUGAUUUAAGUGGGAUUGUCAAAGUUAUUAAAUUUUCAUUGCAGUUUUUAACAGAUGUACAUCGAUGUUACGAUCAAGGGUUAAUAUUAUUAGUAUACUAAGAAGACUUUCAUCUGAUGCCCAAAAUAAUCAAGGAACAGUAAAAGGCAAUGCUAGUACUUGUAGACCAUCUGCAGCAAUUGACGAAAUUAUUCGAGUUGACCAUGCUGGAGAGCUAGGUGCUGAUAGAAUUUAUGCUGGUCAGAUGGCGAUUUUAGGGAAUACUCCAGCAGGAAAAACGAUACAACAUAUGUGGGAACAAGAGCAAGGUCAUAGAAAACGAUUUGAAGAACUUAUUAACGAAUAUCGUGUCAGACCGACAGUAAUGACCCCGAUAUGGAAUGUUGCAGGAUUUGUUUUGGGAGCAGGAACUGCUUUAAUGGGUGAAAAAGCUGCCAUGGCUUGUACCGUAGCUGUAGAAACAGUUAUUGUUGAACACUAUAACGACCAGUUAAGGCAAAUAAUGGAGAGUCCAGAUCCAGAUAAGAAACUUUUAGAAGUGAUAACUAAAUUUCGUGAUGAAGAACAAGAACAUCAUGAUACAGGAAUUGAUCAUGGAGCAGAACAAGCACCAUUUUAUAAAUAUUUAACAGAAGUGAUAAAAUUCGGUUGUAAAGCAGCAAUAGAAAUUUCUAAGAAAGUUUAAUUUUUCUUUUAAUUUACGAAUUCGUUUUAAUAUUAAUUAUUAUGACUUAUCCUUAUUGAAAUAAAUAUGUAUGUAUAUGUACAUAA